AUGGAAGAAGAACUUUGGGCCCGUGACAAGAACCAUACUUGGGAACUUGUCAAGUUACCCAAUGAAAAGAAAGUGGUUGGAAAUAAAUGGAUCUACAAAAUCAAGUACAAGAGUGAUGGUACAAUUGAGAGGCCCAAAGUUAGGAAUUCCGCCGAAACUGUUGUUGUAUUGGUAUAUGUUGAUGACAUUAUAGUCACUGGGAGAGACAUACAAGGGAUUGAUCAACUAAAGAAAUAUCUCGGCAAUGUUCUUGAUAUUAAAUAUUUAAAAAAAUUAAGGUAUUUCCUUGGUAUAGAAGUUGCUUAUUCUAAGAAAGGAUUGUUUCUUUCACAAAAGAAAUACACCUUAGAUCUCUUGACAGAAACUGGUAAAACUGGAGCUAAACCUAUUGAUACUCUAGUUGGGGUAAAUAACAAGAUCUCCAUCAAGGAUGGUGAACCUCUUCAAGAUGUUGGUUACUUAACUAUUACCAAACCAGAUAUCACCUAUGUUGUAAGCAUGGAUGUUAACCCUUUAGAUAAAAAAUCUACCACAGGUUUAUGCGCUUUUGUUGGUGGAAAUAUGGUCACAUGGAAAAGUAAAAAGCAAAAUGUUGUCACUAGAUCCAGUGCUGAGGCAGAAUAUCGUGCCAUGGCGUCCACAACUUGUGAACUAAUUUGGUUAAAAUCCUUUCUCAAUGACUUAGGUUUCAAGUCAGCCAAGCCAAUACCAUUAUUUUGUGACAACCAAGCUGCAAUCCAUAUUGCAAUUUAUCCUGUUUUUCAUGAGAGAACUAAAUAUAUUGAAGUUGAUUGUCAUUUUGUCAGGGAGAAGGUUCAAGCCAAGAUGAUUUGUACUCCUCAAGUUAACAGUGAAUAUCAACUUGAAAAUAUCUUCACUACAGCGGUUGGCAAGGAAAAAUUCAUCGGUGCUCUUGACAAGUUGGGCUCGUUCAAUCUCUUUGCACCAACUUGA